AUGGAUUUUCUCGAUUAUCAAACCUAUGCAGUGGAUGACGAGCCCAACAAUGAGACAAAUCUCCCGGCGCCAGCUUCAAGAUUAAGCUUGAAGACCCUUCAUUCGUCCAGUACCAUUACGGACGAUUUUCAAUUGCCAGAUCUCAAAGAAUCUGACACAGACGCUAACCAGGCUGCAAACUUGCAUGAACGUAUGAGUCUUUAUGCCGCUGCUUCUUUGAAAUCUUUACAACUCACAAGCACGCUGGUAGAUGCUGAUUCUGAAACGGCAACUAUCUCAAGCUCAGCGGUGAAAAAACCCUACUCAGACUCAUUUCAACAAGUUCUCAAAUCGGCAAACCGUAACACAGAUACCACAGAUAUACUUUUAUCAAAAAGGCUUUCUAAAGUGAUGAAUGAUUACAAUAGAAAUAACUUCCAAGUUGACAUGGAACUUAGAAAAUCAUUCAAGAUAUUACAAGAUAAUCAAGAAUUAUUGCAUUUGGAAAAUCAAAAACUAGUGCGACCAGAUUUUGUUGGAUCUUUGGCACGUAAAUCGCUACGAAGUGAUUUGGAAAACGAACUUUUAAAAAGCCAUCUUACGAUCUUAGAAGACAUGCAACCCAUCGUCAGAAGAAUUAAACGGCUGUCCAAACCUGUAGAAAAUGUGAGAACAGUUUCUAAGGAACUUUUAGACAAGCCUUCUCUUGAGUCCUAUAUCCCGGUCAAAACAUUGGACCAGAUUACCGAGUUGCGGAAGCAAAUGAAUAUCUUAAAAACCAAAAAGCAAGUUCUUACAUAUAUCCGGGAUAAAUUUACUUUAACGCAAGUUGAAGAUAACGCUCUGAAAAAUGCUGAAGUUGAUGAUUUUUUUUAUGAGGUUGUAAAUAAAAUCAUGCGAAUAAAGGAAAGCGCAACCUUCUUAUUGGCACUUCCAAAUCCACAGGCAGGCACAACUCUUUUGAAUCAAGUUAAUGAUUACUUAGAAAUCGCGAGUAAAAGAAUCUACAAUUACGCUGUUGAUUUUCUGUAUGAUUUACAAUCCAUGUCAAAAGCUUUUGGCGAAAGGGCUUUCGAAUCUAACGAUAAACAGUUAAUUAUGUUUCAAAAAAGUCUGGUUUAUCUGUCCAACGAUCUACAAUACUUUAACGAGUUUUUAAAGAAAGUUGUCAGUAUUAGGUCUCAAAGAAAUUUGGAUGACUUUCUGUCCCAGUUUGAUGUUGACAAUACUAAAAAUUCAAGGCCAAUAAUUUUGUCUGCCCACGAUCCUGUUAGGUAUUUGGGUGACGUUCUGGCAUACGUUCAUUCCUUAAUAGUUAACGAAGCAGAAUUCGUUAAAUCUAUGUUUACGUUCAAGAAUUUGGAUUUGCAGGAUACUCCUUCUACAGUCUUACAAGAAAACAGCGAAUUUCUGGAUGGCCUAGACAUUAGGAUCUUAAACGAAAUUUUUGGUCCUCUCGAAAACUCUAUUAGAAUUCGGUUAGAACAAAUUAUCAGAUUUGAAGAUAAUCCGUUGCUGAAUUUCGAUAUAGCCGAAUUACUAAAACUAUAUCAUAUGAUGUUUACAAAAUAUGGCAUAUUGGAAGAAGGCUCUUUAAUUAAGAAUUUGGAAGACCUGAUUUCGAUUUCAACUGCAAAAAUUGUCAAGGGAUUUACUUCAUACCUCGAGAAUGUGAACACAUCUGUGAAGGUGGGCUCUGAUCUGUUACCACCUGAAUGGCUCUCGGAAUAUAUGUCGCGAUUAUGUGAGUUCUUGACCAAAUAUGAGAAAAAUGGAUUACGAGAAGGUUCUGAUAAUAUUGUCAACGAUAAUUUCUUGACGAAUACGCUUCUCGACCCUAUGGAUAAUAUCCUGAAGAAGCAGCUCCAGCUGAGCUUUCCGAACGCGAAAAAAGAUCCAUCAAUGAAAACAUCCCUGUUAAUAGCCGAAAUAAACUGUUUCGAUGUCGUGAAGUCUCGGUUGCUUCCAUUCCAUAGCACCAUUUUUGCAGAUGAUCAAACAAAAUUCGCAUAUGAUAAAAUAGCCACACAAUUGAACUCUUCUAUCAAGCAGCUUAUUGACUUUGAGAAUGUUGCAUUACUUGAAAAAACAGGUUUGAGUCUUUAUAGCAAUUUACUGAACAUGAUUUUCCCUGUGGACUCCAUACAGGACGAAUUGGAUUUUGACAUGUAUUUGUCUUUAGUUGAAAACCCACUUAUGAGCCUAGACAAAAUCUCUUCAAAUGUGCAUGAAAAACUUAAUGAUUACUUAUCGAUUGCUUUAACUGACGUUCAAGAUAAUCUACUUUCUCAACUGAUUUCUCCAAGAAUUGCGGAUGAUGUCUCAUCUGAAUGCUUCCAAAAUUUGUCAAAAUUCUAUCUCGCAUUCAGGCAGAUAUUAUUGCACUUGUUUCCAGAGCAAAAUGAGGAGGUCAAAUCCAUUCUCAAUUUUUCAGAGGAUGAUUUUAAAACUCUAGUUGGCAUCAAUUAA